GCCUUUUGGGCUUGGGGCAGAGGUGGAGACAGAGGAAGGGCGGGCGCUAGACUCAUCACUCUCCAGCAAGAAGAGAGAACCGGUGUAGCUACAAGAGGCCUUCGUGCCUGCUUGGCUCUACCGCAGCAGAUAGCGCUAAAUAGCAAACAAGAUGGAGAACAACGUCCACCCCCAGGUUGGUUCAAAGCGACCGCUCUCGGAGACGAUCUCACAACCUAGCCAGCAAGCGCUCGCCGUGUCUUCGGCCCCACCGCCAGCCGCGAGCGCGGCUGCGGAUUCCGCGCGGGGGUCUUCCUCGGUAGCGACGACAUCGUCGAACGGCGGCGCGGCGGUGGCGGGGAGCGAUGAUCCUAAGCCCGGCAGGUCGAAGGCGGCCUACGGGCCGGACAUGCGGAUCCUGGAGGUGACCAACAACGGCGAACCCGCCAACAUGGAGAUGCUUAUCCACCUCAAGGAGAUCUUCCACCAGCAGUUGCCCAAGAUGCCCAAGGAGUACAUCGUGCGCCUCGUGUUCGACCGCAAGCACCACUCGAUCGUGCUCACUAAGAAGGGCGUCCCCAUCGGCGGCAUCACGUACCGCCCCUUUGUCGAGCAGAAGUUUGGGGAGAUCGCGUUCUGCGCGGUGGCCAGCAACUCGCAGGUCCAAGGGUACGGCAGCCGCCUCAUGAACGAGCUCAAGAUGGUGGCCAUCAGAGAAGACUUGUCCCACUUCCACACGUACGCCGACAACUACGCGAUCGGGUACUUCGCGAAGCACGGUUUCACCAAGAACCUGACCAUGUCUCGCGACAGAUGGUUCAACUACGUGAAGGACUAUGACGGCGGGACGCACAUGGAGUGCUACGUCCACCCCACGGUGCCGUACAUGAAGCAGGCCGAGAUGUUCGAGAUCCAGAGCCAGUUCCUCAGGGAGCGCAUCGCCGACAUCUCGUCGAGCAAGGUGGUGCACCCCGGCCUAUCCGAGGAGGCCUUCAACAGCCUCGAGCACCAUAUCGACAUCCCAGGGGUUGCCGAGGCCGGGUGGACUAUGGACGAGCUCAACGCGCAGAACCGUCGCAAGAGGGACGGGGACGCGCUCGCCGUCAACAAGGAGCUGCUGGCGAUCUGGAGGGAACUCGAGAAGCACGACGUGGCCUGGGUGUUCCGCGAGCCGGUAGACCUGACGGAGGUCACGGACUACACCUCCAUCAUCGAACGUCCCAUUGACCUGAGCGUGAUCCGAGAAAACCUCGACGAACUAGACCCGAAGCCUUACUAUGCGAACAAGGAGCAGCUUCGCGAAGACCUGGACCUCAUGAUCCGCAACUGCAAGAAGUACAACGGGCAGGAUACCGAGUUCUGGGCGGCCGCCGACACGAUGGAAAAGUUCAUCGCCGAGAUCUACGAUCGAUCGUGACGUUGGCACCGACCGCCUGCUCUUGCUAUUUCUAGUGCUACCCUGAUUUUACCACAAGCAGACGACUGAUGGACGCGUGGGUUCGUUGAUCGUGCUUGUUGUUUCGCCCCGUUUGUGUAAAGAUUUGUCCGCGCCCUCCCGCGCUUGUGGCGCAUGUUGUAAGGUUGUGGUGGUGUUGAUUUCCUGGCGGUGCUUUUGCUGCGAUCGGGACUUUCUGCGCUGCACGCUGGGAGCCAGGGAGGUAGACUGUCUGGCUGGGAAAGCGAAUCUAUUUUCUAGAUUUCGAAUGUACAGAGGGAGGGGGGCAGGCGCAGGGGAGGACGAUGAUGAGUGAUGAUGUGCUUUUUCCGAGACCACCCACGUGGUAGGCGAGCGCUGGAAAGGAAGAAGAGAGUUUGUUGUGCCUCCACGCACAAGGCACGUCGGUGCGUGGGAAUGCCGGGUUGGGAAUCCGAUUUCGAGAACAGGAUGGGGCGUAGGCCAAAGGGGCGACGAUCUCGGUGCUGGUGUAUUUGCUCCCGGCCUUGGUUUCUUGCUGGUGUGUUUCUUCGCCGGCUAAGGUUAGCUACUUGGCGGGAAGAAGCGAUACAAGCGCGCCACGUGGAACAGGAAACGGAUCACCGGUGAUAACAUUCAAGGCUCGACGAUCACACGUUGCCGUAGAUUUUCUCCUGCUCUGCUGCUGCUGCAUCGGCACGCUGUUUUUUUGACGUGGCAUUAAGCUCCCACGGAUUGUUGUAUUUGCUGUAACCUUCUCAUUUCUGUAAUGUAAUGUCUCGUGGUACUGCGUAACUGAACUGUUGUGCACACUGCAGGCUGGAGCUAGGUAGACGGACGAGAGCGGGCCAAAAGUCAAAACUUGUCGCAGUUGUUCAAAUGCUCAUGUUAGGGCUCUUGUUUUUUGAAGUCGAGCGUGGGGAAGGCGGGGCUGUGGCUAUGGGUAUGUCUGAUCCACUUCGGCUCUGCUCCUUGUAGAUUUAUCGUGACGGCCUGGUUUCGUGUUCUUGGUAUGUGCUGUGGUGGUGUGGGUGCGUGUGUGUGUUUACCUACACGCGUAGUUCGUCUUGUGCGUGCGCCUAACUCAAACCCGGGGGUCGUCUUACUCUGCGCAGCAGACGUUGCAAGGGCAAACGCGGUCAAAAGGCGAACCUGCUGUACUCGACAACGUGUUUUGCCUAGGGGACAAGCUGCGCGUGAUUCUGCUCCUGAUGUUUUUGAGCGGCGGAGGCGAGGGUAUUAUGAGCCCUGUCUUGCCUGGUUUCAUGCUGUGUUUCCUCCCAUCUGGAAAAAAGUCUGGGAAUGUAAUCAAGUCGAGAGAACGAACUCACGGCGAGAGGGCGAGACGGCAGUUUCGUGAUGGUACUGAGUACAUGUAUGGACGUAAUGCUGGAUCCUGCUGACUAAUGUAAUGUAUUUUUUGUUUUUCUCCCAUCAUUGGACUCUGU